GCACCUCGCUCGCCUUCUCCGACCUCACCGAGGAGCUGCUGGACGCCGGCACCGACGGGCUGCUCCGCGAGCUGGAGGACCUGCGCUCCGAGAACGACUAUCUCAAGGAUGAGAUCGAGGAGCUGCGCGCCGAGAUGCUGGAGAUGAGGGAUGUCUACAUGGAGGAGGACGUGUACCAGCUGCAGGAGCUCCGGCAGCAGCUGGACCAGGCCAGCAAGACGUGCCGCAUCCUGCAGUACCGGCUGCGCAAGGCCGAGCGCCGCAGCCUGCGCGUGGCACAGACCGGCCAGGUGGACGGAGAGCUCAUCCACAGCCUCGAGCAGGACGUCAAGGUGGCCAAGGACGUCUCUGUGCGGCUCCACAAUGAGCUGGAGGUGGUGGAGAAGAAGAGGAUCAGGCUGGAGGAGGAGAACGAGGACCUGCGCCAGCGGCUCAUCGAGACCGAGCUGGCCAAGCAGGUGGUGCAGAACGAGAUGGACAAGCUCCGAGAGAAUUCCCUCAAGAAACGGGGGUCUCGCUCCCUUGGGAAGACAGAGAAGAAGCCAUCAGUGCAGGAGGACAGCGCAGACCUGAAGUGCCAGCUGCAUUUUGCCAAGGAGGAGUCGGCCCUGAUGUGCAAGAAGCUGACCAAGCUGGCCAAGGAGAAUGACGGGAUGAAGGAGGAGCUGCUGAAGUACCGGUCCCUGUACGGGGACCUGGACAGCUCCCUCUCCGUGGAGGAGCUGGCUGACUCUCCCCAUUCCCGCGAGGCCGAGCUGAAGGUGCACCUCAAGCUGGUGGAGGAGGAAGCCAACAUCCUCAGCCGGAGGAUAGUGGAGCUGGAGGUGGAGAACCGCGGGCUGCGGGCGGAGAUGGACGACAUGAAGGGCCAGGGGGACAGGGAGCUGCCAGGGCAGGACACACGGUUCCUGGUGGGCAUCUCGAGCUGCGGGGACGGAGGGGACAUGGUGGCGGAGCUGCGCCGGCACCUGCAGUUCGUGGAGGAGGAGGCCGAGCUGCUGAGGCGCUCGCUGCUGGAGCUGGAGGACCAGAACAAGCUCCUGCUGAACGAGCUGAGCAAGUACAAGUCGGACCACGAGCUGGACGUGACGCUGUCGGAGGACAGCUGCUCGGUGGUCAGCGAGCCCUCGCAGGAGGAGCUGGCCACGGCCAAGGUGCAGAUCAGCGAGCUGAGCGGGAAGGUGAAGAAGCUGCAGUACGAGAACCGCGUGCUGCUCUCCAACCUGCAGCGCUGCGACCUGGCCUCCUGCCAGACCACCCGGCCCAUGCUGGAGACCGACGCCGAGGCCGGAGACUCGGCACAGUGCGUCCCCACCGUCGGCUGGAGGGACAGCACGGGCGAGGCCGACGGGCAGGACAGGGUGCCUGGCAACGGGAAGGUGCUCGAUGGCCCCGCCAAGGUGCUCAAGCCCAAAGACCUGGAGACCUUGCUGGGCAUCAGGGACCAGGCGACGCUCGUCAGCAAAGCGAUCGACGUCUUAAUUUCGGAUGCCAACGGCUUCACCUCCGGGCUGAAGGCUUGCUUGGACAACGAGUGCGCGGGGGUGCUGCUGGGCGAGGCGGUGGGCAGUGGUGGUGAGAGCCCCAGCGACGCCAAGCUGAUGAACGUGCUCCUCAUGCGGCUGGGAGUGCUCCAGCAGGACCUGGGCUGCCUCGUGAGGAAGGUGGACCACCUCACCGGCGGCAUCAAGGAGCACACAGACUCUUUCCCCUUCUCCAGCCCCAGCAGCCACGACGUCACCAAAGAGGGGUUGCAGAAGGACCAUUCCUCCGACUUCCAGCAGCCUGAUUUUAGGGACGCCGACCCUUUCCGCAUCCCCCACGCCAAGGACACGGACCCCACACAUCCCCGGAGCUACAAAACCUGCCGGCCUGAGGAGAACGACUCCUACGCCACUGAGAUGAAGGAGCUGCAGCUGGUGCUGUCAGAGGCCAACGAGAGCCUGCGGGGGCUGCAGGAGCAGCUCUCGCAGGAGAGGCAGCUGAGGAAGGACGAGGUGGACAACUUCUCACAGAAGAUCUGCCAGCUGAAGGAGGACCACCAGAAAGCGCUGCUGCGGCGGGAGUUUGAGCUGCAGAGCCUGAACCUGCAGAGGCGGCUGGAGCAGAAGUUCUGGAGCCAGGAGAAGAAUCUGCUGGUGCAGGAGUCACAGCAGUUCAGGCAGAGCUUCCUUCUGCUCUUCAUGAAGCUCAAGUGGUUCCUCAAGCGCUGGCGCCAGGGCAAGAUGGUGCACAGUGAGGGCGAGGACUUUUUGGAGGUGAACAGCAUGAAGGAGCUGUACCUGCUGCUGGAGGAGGAGGAGCUCGCCCCACAGCAACAGGCAGACAACAAGAUGUGUGCUGGGGACACCUGGACCCCCAACACACCCAACGAGUGCAUCAAGACUCUGGCCGACAUGAAGGUGACCCUGAAGGAGCUGUGCACGGAGCUGCGGGAGGAGCGGCGCGGGGCCAGCGAGCUGCAGCAGCAGUUCACCAAGGCCAAGGCUGCCUGGGAGAUGGAGCGCGCCGAGCUCAAGUGCCACAUUGCCCAGCUGGAGUCAAAGGCAGGCAAAGGGAUCGCAGAGCGAGCGCUGCCGGACUGGAAGGUGGCACUGAAGAGGGAGCGUGAGGAGCACCAGCAUCUCUUGGCAGAGUCCUACAGCGCUGUCAUGGACCUCACCAAGCAGCUGCAGAUCAGUGAGAAGAACUGGAACCAGGAGAAGGUGGAGCUGCUGGCUCGCUUCAAGGAGGAGCAGCAGCAGGCAGAGCAGCAAGCAAAGGACCUGCAGAACAAACUCAACCAGUUGCAGAAAGGAUCCAACCCAUGGGCAUUGAAGCACUCGGAAAUGGAGAAGCAUGGCAGCAACUGGAAAGAGGCUCUCAAUGAGAAAAUCACAGACAAGGAGACAAUCUCUGAAACAGAAGCCAAGGGAACCAACCUCAAAAGGACCAAGUCGGUUUCCUCCAUGUCAGAGUUCGAAAGCUUGCUCGACUGUUCUCCCUACCUCCCUGGAAAGACCGUGCCAGGGCUGGGUGACCAUGCCCGGGGCAAAAAAUCAUCCUCAGCCACCCAGCUGCUGCCCAAUGGGAUCCGGGACAGCGCCAGUGUUCCUCCCUCCAACUGUACAUAUGUGAAUAUUGAACAACCCGCCCCCGACAGCCUGGCCAAGGAGAAGCUGGGCGUGUCCUCCUGGGACUACUCUCGGGCAAGCAGCCUCUCCGGGCACGACCCAGCCCACAAACAAAUACAGAGGAGCUACACGGCGCCCGACAAGACCGGGAUCCGCAUCUACUACAGCCCGCCGGUGGUGCGGCGGCUGGAGGCGCCUCUGGUGCACAACAAGGAGGGCAAGAUCAUGAUCGAACCCGGGUUCUUGUUCACCAUGGCCAAGCCGAAGGAGCCGGAGGAGUCGGCCAGCACCGAGGGCACCUACAGCCAGUGGCUGUGCAACUUCUCCAAGCAGCAGCGGGAGCUGCUGGGCGGCGCGGUGGAGGGCGCGGUGCCGCCGGUGCCGCGCUUCCCGCCGGCGCUGCACGACCUGGAGAUCUCGGGCAACAUGAGCGACGACAUGAAGGAGAUCACCAACUGCGUGCGGCAGGCCAUCCGCUCCAGCUCCCUCGAGAGGAAGGUGAAAAGCACCUCCAGCCAGACGGUGGGGCUGGCCCACUGGGGACACAAGACCAUCCCAGACGGUGAGCGUCGCCUCCAGACCGACCUCACCGCGGCGCCAGGCGUGCACGGCAAGAGCUGGUCCCCGCGCAGCUCCUCCCUCGUGUCCGUGCGCAGCAAGCAGAUCUCCUCCUCCCUGGAUAAGGUCCACUCCAGGAUCGAGCGGCCGUGCUGCUCCCCAAAAUACGGCUCUCCGAAGCUCCAGAGGAGGUCUUCCUCCAAGCUGGACGCCUCCAAGGACAGGAGCCUGUGGAACUUGCACCAGGGCAAGCAGAACGGCUCUGCCUGGGCCCGCUCCACCACCACCCGCGACAGCCCCGUCCUCAGCAACAUCAACGACGGCUUGUCCAGCUUGUUCAGCGUGGUGGAGCACGCGGGCAGCACCGAGUCCAUCUGGAAGCCGGGCUGCCCUGAGAGCAGCCGGGCCAAGCCUGAAGCACCCAAGUAUGGCCUCGUGCAGGAGUUCUUCAGGAAUGUCUGCGGGCGGGCACAGAGCCCCACCACCCCCCAGGAGAAGAAGGAGGCCGCUGGGGAGGAGGGCAGCAAGAGAGCCGAGCACCCCAGCGUCGUCACCCACCACCCAGCUGAAAACAUCUCCCGCGUCCUGAACAAGAAGGUCCUCAAGCAGAGCAGCUGCGAGGACCCCAAGCCCUCGUCCCCCGGGCAGGGCAGUAAGGACACAGCCCUGCGGGACCCCGACCUCAUCUCGGCCUUAGCCAGCGAGGACACGGCGUGUGACUGCAGCUCCCAGUCCCUCACCUCCUGCUUCGCCCGGCCGUCCCCUCCGCCGUCCGCGCACUCCCCCUCCAAGUGCAACUGCACCCCGCGGACCCCCCCAGGGCGUGAGGAGAAGCCGCGGGGCCCGAUGUGA